CAGUCUCAUUGCAAAGGGUGGGCUUAGCUCAGUUUAUAUAUAUUAAGCUAACUUUUACUCGAAACAGCUUCAGAAUCCACGACACCCUUGUUAUCUCAAGAGUGUGCACGAGUUUAAAAAAAAAAAAGAUGAAGACUAAACCGCUAGCAUCUUUGUUUGGACUUCUAUGUUUGAGCGUGUUUUCGCCGUUACACUGUGAACCAAAGGGACCAAUUCCUGAAGGAAAGCUCCUCGUAUUAACUGUAGCUACAAAAGAAACAGAUGGAUUUAAGCGGUUCAUGAGCUCUGCACGCCACUUUAAUUACACAAUUAAGGUUCUUGGGAGGGGUGAGAAAUGGACCGGUGGGGACUACAUGUCUGCACCAGGAGGAGGACAGAAGGUGCGACUUUUGAAAUCUGCCAUGGACAGCAUAAAGGAAGGGGACAAAAUCAUCCUGUUUGUAGACAGCUAUGAUGUGAUCUUCUCCUCGGGCCCAAAAGAACUCCUGAAGAAGUUCCAGCAGGCCAAGCACAAAGUGGUCUUCUCUGCCGAGACCCUCAUCUGGCCGGACCGCCAUCUGGAGGACAAGCACCCACAUGUCAGAGAGGGGAAGAGAUUUCUCGGAGCAGGAGGCUUCAUCGGCUAUGCCCAAAACCUUAAAAAGAUGGUCUCCGAUUGGUCAGGGAAAGAUGACGACAGUGACCAGCUCUUUUAUACCAAGAUAUACAUCAACCCUGAGAAGCGGAAAUCCAUAAAUAUAACUCUCGACAGCAAGUGCAGAAUGUUCCAGAACCUGCACAGCGCUCUAGAUGAAGUGGUACUAAAGUUCGAGAACGGAAGGGUGCGGGCCAGAAAUAUGCUCUAUGACACCCUACCUGUUAUUGUCCAUGGAAAUGGGCCUACAAAGCUUCAGAUAAAUUACCUCGGCAACUACAUCCCAAAAGUGUGGACCUUCGAGACCGGCUGUACAGUUUGCCGUGAGGACUUGCGGCCUCUCACAGGACUCAAGGAGAGUGAAUAUCCAGGAGUGGUCAUCGGCAUCUUUAUUCAGCAGCCAACUCCCUUCGUAACGGUCUUCUUUGAGCGCCUUCUCCGCCUCCAGUACCCCAAAAAUCGCCUUAAACUCUUCAUUUACAACCAGGAGCCUCAUCAUGACCAGCAUGUCCACGCUUUUCUACAGAAUCAUGAGGCGGAGUAUCAGGCUGUGAAGCUGAUUGGGCCCGAUGAGGGUGUUGACCAUGUUACGUCACACAAUAUAGGCUUUGAUAUGUGUCGAGACGACACUGACUGCGAUUACUUCUUUAAUUUGGAUGCAGAUGUGGUUUUGAAAAACGAAGACACGCUUAAGAUACUAAUUGAGUUAAACAAGCCAUUCAUAACACCGAUGAUGAGCAAGCCUGGCCGCCUGUGGUCUAAUUUCUGGGGAGCUCUUAGUGCUGACGGCUACUAUGCCAGGGCUGAGGAUUAUGUGGAUAUCGUUCAGGGACGCAGAGUGGGUAUCUGGAACGUUCCAUAUGUGUCUCAGGUGUACCUGCUGAGAGCGGACAUUCUAAGGAAUGAACUGAAGGCUCCUGAUCUCUACCAGUCAGCGACCCUUGACCCAGAUAUGGCCUUCUGCGCCAGAGUGCGGGACCAGGGAGUCUUCAUGUUUGUAACAAAUAUGCAUACGUUUGGCCGAAUCCUGAAUGCAGAAAACUACAAGACGGAUCACCUUCAUAACGAUCUCUGGCAGAUCUUUGAAAACCCUGUGGACUGGGAAGAGCGAUACAUUCAUCCAAAUUACUCCAGAAUUCUGAAAGACAACAUAGUGGAAAAUCCGUGCCCUGAUGUAUACUGGUUUCCUAUUUUUACCCAAGUGGCCUGUGAGCAUCUUGUUGAAGAAAUGGAGAAUUUCGGCCAGUGGUCAGGAGGUGGCAAUGUGGACACUAGGAUCCAGGGUGGCUACGAGAACGUCCCCACUAUUGAUAUUCACAUGAACCAGGUCAACUUUGACAAAGAGUGGCAAAAGUUCCUCUUGGAAUAUGUUGCACCAGUGACCGAGAAAAUGUUUCCUGGGUAUUACACAAAGGCUCAGUUUGACUUGGCGUUUGUAGUUAGGUAUAAACCUGAUGAACAGCCCUCGUUAAGGCCUCAUCAUGACGCCUCCACUUUUACUGUAAAUAUUGCCCUCAAUCAGGUGGGGAUUGACUUUCAGGGCGGUGGCUGCCGGUUCAUCAGGUACGACUGCUCCGUACAGGCUCCGAGGAAAGGUUGGGCCCUUAUGCACCCGGGCCGUUUAACACACUACCACGAAGGCCUGCCCACCACGGCGGGUGUCCGAUACAUCGCUGUCUCAUUUGUGGACCCUUAAGUGUAAAAUUUUAAAGGUGUUGUAACCAUGUUACAGUCACUUUGUUUAGUCCAAGAAGUCCAGUGUGAGAGUUGAGACAGAACUGUCAGAGACAAUCAAUAUAACAGUGCGUUGAAAAAAUAAUAAUUAAAACUGUGUCUUUCUUUGCCUUGAAAAUGUUAUAAUGUACUAACACAUCUGGAAUUGAAAGGCCAACCUUUGAACGCUGUGUACAUUGAAUGCAGAUGAGGCCUGUACUCCUUUUAUUUGUUUUUAUUUAUUGAUCAAAUUUAAAAGCAGUCACAUCAUUCAUCUGGUAUGUUGUUUGUUAUUAGUGAGUUUGCCUUGGAUAACCAAAUUAUACACCCGUUUUUCUACUUGAUAACAUUUCCCAGGCAAACGGUGCUACUGUUUAGAGAGAAGAUAAUGUAUAUUUUGUUUUUCACUGCCUUUUUUAAAUUGUCUUUGCCAUUUAGUUGUUUUUUAUUGACACUCCAAUAAAAGUGACUGUUUUCUUUA